GUGGAUCCAGAUCCGAUUUCGGACUAUUUGAUAUCCAUCGGGUCAUACGCCCUACAAACUUGCUAGAAAUUGGACUAAUCGGCAGAGACAACCUACGCCGAAGUUCGAGGGAGGGUUUUCUCCGUUUCCGGAGACCCCAUACAUCAUCGCCAUCUGCAAAAAGGGGCUGUUUCGAGAGAGAUAUCAUUUUAAUUUCCUAAAAUGGAGGUUGAUUGCGAAACUCCUACUAAAGGCGAAGAAGAAGAGAAGAGGAAGCCGAUAGUGGUGAUACUGGUGGGUGCACCAGGUAGUGGCAAAUCCACCUUCUGCAAUCAUGUCAUGCGGGUCUCUACCCGACCAUGGGUCCGAGUGUGCCAGGACACGAUUGGAAAUGGUAAGGCUGGAACCAAAACUCAAUGCCUGAUGAGUGCUGCAAGUGCAUUGAAGGCUGGCAAGAGUGUAUUUAUUGACAGAUGCAAUUUAGAUAGAGAACAGCGCUUAGACUUUGUAAAUAUUGGUGGCCCUCAAGUAGAUGUGCAUGCUGUGGUGCUUGAUCUUCCUGCAAAGCUUUGUGUUUCUCGGUCUGUAAAGAGGACUGGGCAUGAAGGAAAUUUGCAAGGUGGAAAAGCUGCUGCUGUUGUCAACCGAAUGCUGCAAAAGAAGGAACUCCCAAAGUUGAGUGAAGGGUUCGCUCGAAUAAUGCUUUGCCAGAAUGAAAGUGAUGUUCAAGUUGCUAUUAAUAUGUACAAUGCACUUGGUCCAUUAGAUACCCUUCCAUCUGGUUAUUUUGGCCAGAAGAACCCAGCCGCUAACAUUCAACUUGGUAUAAUGAAGUUCCUAAAGAAAGUCGAUGGCCCCAGUAGGGCAGGAUCUGAUGCUAAUGUGCCUCAGGAUUCCAUUGCUAAUCGAAUUUCCAAGGAAAAUGAUCGCCUCCCUGAAGGACCAGAUAAUGGUUCUGCUUCAUUGGGUCAUGCUGUUAACAAUGUGACAGAUGGUGAAGAGCUGGAAAUGGGCUCUCCUGGAGGUACAGUUUCUUCGUGCAAUGUUCCCACUUUGGCAUUUCCAUCUAUCUCAACAGCGGAUUUCCAGUUCAACAUUGAGAAAGCAUCUGAUAUUAUUGUCGAGAAAGUUGAGGAAUUUGUGAAAAAGCUUGGAGAUGCUAGGCUUGUUUUGGUAGACUUGUCUCAUAAAUCAAAGAUAUUGACUUUGGUUAGGAUCAAAGCCACUCAAAAGAACAUUGACUCCAGUAAGUUCCACACAUUUGUUGGAGAUAUAACUCGACUUAGUUCAGAAGGAGGUUUACGCUGCAACGUAAUUGCUAAUGCUGCCAACUGGCGACUGAAACCAGGAGGUGGAGGCGUGAAUGCUUCUAUAUUUAGUGCUGCAGGUGCCGCCCUAGAGACUGCAACAAAAGAGCGUGCUGUAUCUCUUACCCCCGGGAAAGCUGUAAUCGUCCCUCUUCCUUCAACUUCUCCGUUAUUUAGUAGGGAAGGAGUUACCCAUGUCAUACAUGUCCUUGGACCAAAUAUGAAUCCGCAGAGACCAAAUUGUCUCAGCAAUGACUAUAUUAAAGGCUGUGAAAUUCUUCGUGAGGCAUACUCAUCAAUCUUUGAAAGUUUUGCAUCUAUAGUGAGGACCCCCAAAAAUUUGUCCAUGGAAAGCUAUGAAAAACAAGUGUCAGGUUUGUCAGAUUCUCAGAAUCACUUUGAGAUUAGUCCUAUGGAUCAAUUUUUAAAUAGUGAACUGAAAUUCAAGAGAGAGGGUGUCCAUGAAUCUGGGGGAAACAAAAAGUGGAAGCCACUUCAGGAUGAACUUGGAUCUAAUUCAAGAAAUUCAAAAAAUAGAGAGAACAAUCCAAACAGUGAAAAGAAUGGUGGAAGCAUGACCAAGUCAUGGGGAUUCUGGGCUCAAGCUCUUUACCGCAUUGCCAUGUUUCCUGAGAGGCAUAAGAAUGAUGUAAUAGAAAUAUCAGAUGAUGUUGUGGUACUGAAUGAUCUUUAUCCAAAGGCACAAAAGCACCUUGUGGUGAUGGCACGAGCUGAAGAUCUUGAUUGUCUUGCAGAUGUACGUGAAGAACACCUCCAGUUGUUGAGGACGAUGAAUACCAUGGGCUUGAAGUGGGCUGAGAAGUUCCUAAGUGAACAUGAAACAUUGGUCUUUCGCCUUGGCUACCAUACAGCACCUUCAAUGCGACAACUGCACCUGCAUGUUAUCAGCCAGGAUUUUGAUUCAGUACAUCUGAAGAAUAAAAGACACUGGAACUCGUUUAAUUCACCAUUCUUCCGGGAUUCAAUAGACGUAAUAGAGGAAGUCGUUAAACAUGGGAAAGCCACAUUGAAAGAUGAUGACAGAUUCCUGUCAAUGGAGUUGCGAUGCCACCGAUGUAGAAGUGCACAUCCAAAUAUACCUCGCCUCAAAACACAUAUAAGCAAGUGUCGAGCCCCUUUUCCUGCUGUUCUACUCCAACCUGGUCAUUUAGUGUGUGCACGAACUAGUGAUGGACUUGUUCAGUAGGACUGUCCAGGCUAUCCUCCAUCAAAAUUUUGCCUUCUUGUUUAUAACAGUCUCUCUGUUUGUGCCCGAGCGUGGGCAUGUAUUCCAUCUUCACGAGGCACUUAGGGCCUGUUUGGUAUGUUUUUGGGAGGGAUUUGGAUUGACUUGUCUAAACUCGGGUUUGACCAAAGAUGGAAUUCAAGGAAGGGAUUCAAUAUUUCAUGUUGUCCAUAUCCAUGUUUGGUAUGUGCAGGAAUAUAUGAUUGUUAUGAUAAUAUAUUUGUAUUUAAAUGAUUAUUGUGC